AUGACGAUCUUGUUCUCGAAAGUUCUAACGAACACCGAUGUAGAGAAAAGAUUGGCGGUUCCCAACAAUUCACUGAAGCAUUUCGAGCUUGAAAAUGGUAAUUGCUCCAAAUCUGUUGAAGUUAAAGAUGAAAAGGGAAGCACAUGGACUUUUCGUUGCUAUGUUCGUAGCGACGGCGCCUACAAGAAACCUGUUUUAUCCAGUGGUUGGCGUCAAUUUGUCGUCAAUAAAGGAGUUCAUCAGGGAGAUUUGAUCACAUUCUGUAAGGAUGUUGAAGCAGAAGCUACGUAUAAGAUCAUAGUUCAGAGAAAAAUCAAGUUAUUAGGCAAGGAGUUCUGGUGUAGUCCGGAACCAGAACAACCUACAGAUGCAACAGCACAAGUUAUUCAAGCCCCAGCAGACGCAACAGGAGAAGUUAUUCAAAGCCUAGCAGUCCUGCCGGAUGUUUAA